AUGGCGACAGAUUCCGCAAGGCUAAAAUUGGAGAAGGUCUACCACUGGUUCGACACCUUCCACAACACCGAGCCCGAACGGCAUCCCGGGAAGACCGGAUGUUGCCUGACGCUGUUGAUGGUCCCGGCGGUGCUGAUCUACGGCAUUGUGUGGUUCGUGCAGCAUCAGCAGAAACCGCCAGUGGAGACCCUGGUGAUUGACUGGUCCAUCUCCUAUGGACCGUAUCCCAUGAAGGUGUCCUGUCACGAGGGAGCGAGUUGCUGGCUGUACCUCUCAGGUUGCGAAUCUGAAAGUUCAGGUAGAUGUAUUUCCCUGGCAGCCGGCCAAGAACUAGAGCUGCAGAUGUGCUACUCCCUAGCCGCCCGAGAAGGUCUCCAUGCAUGGUGGACGGGAAGCAGCAGUGGCAUCUCGAUCUAUUCGCAAGCGAAGAGCAUGUGGAUGAAGCAGGCCAUUGAGGCAGGACGUUCGUCCAUGACGUACGUGAAGACUGAGGACAAGACCAAAGAGUCUGGUGAGUGGGAGCGGCUGCGCCACGAGUGGUUCACCAUGUACUUGUCCUCUGAGGCUCUUGCGCCAGAGCAUAGUGGCUGCCAGGAGCACCGAAGCGGUGCUUAUGCUGCUCAGAUCGUCAUGAAGCCGGAAUUCUAUGAAAAGACCCUGGAGAAACUAGAUUUCAUCGUCUCCCUGAUCGGAGAGGUGGGCGGUGCCUAUGGGAUCAUUUCAACGAUCUUCUUCGCCUUGUACAUUCUGCUCUGGAAUGUCGAGAAUGCGAACCAGAAGAGCCACGACCAAAGUCUACCAGUCACUGCACCAGCGCCUGUGGCCAUGGAGCCAGGGGCGGAGAUCACGACCACGCCCAAGGCGGAAGUGACUCCUCCACCACCAACGCGAAGUGCUACUGAUGACAUGAUGGUAGAGCAUACCAGGGAGGCAUUCGUGUGAGGUGGACACUUUUUGUUCGACUGCUGGAAAUCCUCACAGCAUCAAUUUUGGCGCUGGGACGCCAGUAUGUCGCUGGCGGAUGAGCAAAAGCUGGCUAGCGGGAUAUGUUGCUACUAGCUCUGCCACCGCCUUGCCGGGGGCCUUUCUUGGCUUUUGAGUGUGGCUCAAAUUUGCUGCGAUUCAGGUUGCACAGAUGUCCUUACGUUUUUCCGUUUGAACUCGUCCAAUUUGAGCCACCCGGCUCUUUUUCGUCCACCCAAAGGGUGGAGGCUUGAAUCUUGAUCUCAGAGACUGGGUUCAACCCUUGGAUCUCUGAGCGGUCGAUCCGC